GGCUGAGGCGGGGGCCCCGGCGGAGACGGCGGCGGGAGCGGGAUCCAGAGGCGAGGGGGACGGGCCGGGGGCCCCCCCAAGGACGAGGGGAAGAUGCUGGAAGCAGACCUGGUUUCAAAGAUGCUGCGGGCUGUUCUGCAGUCUCAUAAGAAUGGGAUAGCAUUACCCCGGCUGCAAGGAGAAUACCGAUCCUUGACUGGAGACUGGAUCCCCUUCAAGCAGCUGGGUUACCCUACUCUAGAAGCCUAUUUGAGAAGUGUGCCAGCAGUUGUCAGAAUAGAGACUAGUAGAUCUGGAGAGAUUACCUGUUAUGCUGUGGCCUGCACAGAAACUGCAAGGAUUGCUCAGCUAGUGGCUCGGCAGAGGAGCUCUAAAAGGAAAACCGGGCGGCAAGUUAAUUGUCAGAUGAGAGUAAAGAAAACCAUGCCAUUUUUUCUAGAAGGAAAACCAAAGGCAACACUCAGACAACCAGGAUUUGCUUCGGAGUUUUCUAUUGGCAAAAAACCUAAUCCAGCACUGUUAAGAGACAGAGGAAAUGCUUUUGGAGUUAAGUCUGAUGCUGAAAUGCCACCUUACCCAGUACAUACGACUCUUGGAAAUGAAGUAUUCAGAGACAUUCCAAUGCAGAGGCAUGUGAGCAUGCCUACCAAUAACAGGUUUAGCCCGAAGGCAUCCCUUCCGCAACCUUUCCAGAUGCAUCUCUCAGCCUGUAAUAAGGAAGUGAGUGAUAAUAUAAAUCAGACGGUUGAAAAACCAAAUGUCACACCUCCUGCCUCUUAUAAAAUGGAUGAGGUUCAAAAUCGUAUAAAGGAAAUAUUAAACAAGCAUAACAAUGGCGUUUGGAUAUCUAAGCUUCCUCAUUUUUACAAAGAGUUAUAUAAAGAAGACCUUAAUCAAGGAAUUUUACAACAGUUUGAACAUUGGCCUCAUAUUUGCACGGUGGAAAAACCUUGCAGUGGAGGCCAAGAUUUACUACUUUAUCCAGCCAAGAGAAAGCAGCCCUUGAAAAGUGAACUGGACCCUGACAAGGUACCCCUGCUACCUGCUUCCAAGCAAACACAACCAGCGAAAGAGAGUCCAGCAGUGAUGCCAGGAGAUGUCAAAGAGAAAGUGGCUGAGCUGCUGGUGAAAUACACAAGUGGGCUUUGGGCAAGUGCACUCCCAAAAGCAUUUGAGGACACAUAUAAAGUAAAAUUCCCCGAGGAUGCCUUAAAAAACCUCGCUGCACUUUCGGAUGUAUGCACCAUAGAUUACAUUUCCGGAAAUCCCCAGAAGGCCAUUCUCUAUGCUAAACUUCCAUCGCCUCCUGACAAGAUCCUAAAGGAUGAAGGGCAAGCACAAGGCGAUUAUGACAUCAAGUCUAUGAUUGAGCAAGAGUAUUUGCAAAUAGAGAAAAACAUUGCUGAGAGUGCCGAAACCGGUGCAGAGGAUAUGACCAUAGCCAUUCCUCCUCUAGUCAUUCCCACUGAGGCCUCCCCAUCUGUGCUGGUGGUUGAACUGAACAACACAAACGAAGUGGUUAUCAGGUAUGUGGGCAAAGACUACUCAGCUGCUCAGGAAUUAAUGGAAGAUGAGAUGAAGGAGCAUUACAGUAAGAAUCCCAAGGUUGCACCAGUCCAGGCUGUACAUGUCGGGCAGCUGCUGGCGGUCAAGGCCGAGGAGGAUGCCUGGUUACGUGCACAGAUCAUCUCAGCAGAGGAGAACAAGCUAAAGGGAAUUAUGCCACCAUCUUUGCAGCCUGUGUUCUACAAGGCAAACCUGAAACCCGCAUGCCACUAUCAGCCCCUGGCCGUAACCCACUAUGUGUCACUGAAGAUAUGGUUGGAUGUUCUAAAUGAUGAUCCUGACCUCGUGAAGGUGGUUGAAUCUUUAACCUGCGGGAAGAUCUUUGCAGUGGAGAUACUGGACAAGUCGGACAUCCCUCUGGUUGUUCUGUAUGAUACCUCAGGGGAAGAUGAUAUCAAUAUCAACGCCACCUGCCUGAAGGCCAUGUGUGACAAGUCCCUGGAGGUUCACCUCCAGGUCGAUGCCAUGUACACAAAUGUCAAGGUGACUAACAUUUGCUCUGAUGGGACAAUCUACUGCCAAGUGCCUUGCAAGGGCCUGAACAAACUCAAUGACCUUCUGCACAAGAUAGAGGAUUAUUUCCACUGCAAGCACAUGACCUCUGAGUACUUCAUCUCACUGCCCUUCUGUGGGAAAAUCUGCCUCUUCCACUGCAAAGGAAAAUGGUUACGAGUAGAGAUCACAAACGUCCACAGCAGCCGGGCUCUUGAUGUUCAUUUCCUGGACUCUGGCAACGCAACAUCAGUAAAAGUCUCAGAGCUCAGAGAAAUUCCACCUCGGUUUUUGCAAGAAAUAAUUGCAAUACCACCUCAGGCUAUAAAGUGCUGCUUAGCUGAUCUUCCAAAAUCAAUUGGCAUGUGGACUCCGGAUGCUGUGCUUUGGCUAAGAGAUUCUGUUUUGAACUGCUCAGACUGUAGCAUUAAGGUCACCGAAGUGAAUGAAGCCAAGGGGAUUGCCUACGUGUAUUUAUUUACUCCGAAGAACUUCCCUGACCCACAUCGCAGUAUUAAUCGCCAGAUUACAAAUGCAGACCUGUGGAAGCAUCAGAAAGAUGUGUUUCUGAGUGCUGUGUCUAGUCCAGUCAGCUCUCCUGGCGGCAGAAAUGGCAGCACGUCCCUGUUGGGCAAUAUACCUGUGUCCAGCAGUACACCUAUUUCUAACAACACUCCUGUGUUGGGUAACACGCCUGUGUCAGUCAAUAUACCAGUGUUGGGUGGCACCCCACUGUUGGGUGGCACACCCCUGUCAGGCAGCACUGGAGAGAAUUUCAGAAAGAGCUUCCCAGAAAUCAUCAAAAAGUCUGUGGUAGACCACACCAGCCCUUUCUCCGCGGAGGAACUGCCACCUCCUGUCCACUUGUCAAAGCCUGGGGAACACAUGGAUGUGUAUGUGCCUGUGGCCUGUCACCCAGGCCACUUUGUCAUCCAGCCUUGGCAAGAGAUUCAUAAGUUGGAAGUUCUUAUGGAAGAAAUGAUUCUGUAUUACAGCAUGUCUGAAGAGCGCCAUGUAGCAGUGGAGAAAGACCAAGUAUAUGCUGCCAAAGUGGAAAAUAAGUGGCACAGGGUGCUUUUAAAAGGAAUCCUGACCAAUGGAAUGGUGUCCGUGUACGAGUUGGACUAUGGCAAGCACGAGCUAGUCAACAUAAGGAAGGUACAGCCCCUAGUGGACGUGUUCCGAAAAUUGCCCUUCCAAGCAGUAACUGCCCAGCUUGCAGGAGUGAAAUGCAGCCAGUGGUCUGAGGAGGCUUCGAUGGUGUUUCGAAAUCAUGUGGAGAAGAAAGCUCUGGUGGCACUGGUACAGACAGUUAUUGAAAGCACUAACCCUUGGGACCGGAAGGUAGUGGUCUAUCUAGUAGACACGUCGCUGCCAGACACUGACACCUGGAUUCAUGAUUUUAUGUCACAGUAUCUGGUAGAGCUUUCAAAAGUUAAUUAAUCACUGCGUCUGAGACCUUGACAACUAAUUCAGAUUUUUUUUAGCAAUAAUAAAAUGUAGUAGGCUUUAAAAAAAAUCUUAUUUCUGCUACAUGGCUCUGACUGUUGUGGGAGAUUGGAAAGAAUAUGCUUAUGUUUGAUGAGAGAUAUUUAGCAAGUUUUGUUUUAACAGAGUUGACUUUUCAAAGAAAAUUGCACUUGAAUUAUUACUAUAAUAUUAGAAUAAAAAUGUUUAUCAAUGUAAAAA